CAACUUCUUCCUCAUUUUAGGGUCAAUCUUUUCCAUCUGUAUUUCUUCACGGUACUAUACAGACAGAAUUCAUCCUCCUGUUACAAGGUUGUAGGGCAAAAUAUAUUUGUCUUCUUACUCUGAAGAUGAGUGAUCAGAGAGUGAUUUAUUCUACCCUGAGAUUUCUGCAGCCUCCUUCAGAAUCACAGAGCAGACAAAGGCCAGGUGUCACUCAGAGACCUGGGAAAACCGAUGACAAAGUGUCCUGGCGUCUCAUUGCAGUGACACUUGGGAUCCUCUGUUUACUUCUGCUGAUGACAGUCACAGUGUUAGUGGUAAAGAUUUUUCAGGACGUUCCAGAGAAACAUCAUCAGCAGGAAAUUCUAGAAAACCUUAGGCAAAAGUACCACAUUAUGCAAAAUGACAAAGACUUAAAGGAGCAGCUUUUGACAAAUAAGACUUUAGAAUGUGACAUUUUAAAACAUAAAAGUGUUCAGCAGAAAAAGGAACUGGCCUCAUUUUUUAUAGAAAACAACAGAUGUUUUGGCAAAAAUGAGAUCUCUUCAAAAUCUUUGCAAAAUACAGGCAUACACUGUGAAGACCACUGUUCCUGUUAUGGAUUGAGCUGUUAUUAUUUUGCCAUGGAAAAUAAAGACUGGAACGGAUGUAAACAGACUUGCCGAAGUCAGAGAUCAUUCCUUUUGAAGAUAAAUGAUGAACUUGAACUGGUAUCAUGGACUCUUACAUUCAUUUUUAUUCUCUUGGACUCUUUUACCCUGGAACCUAAGAUACUGAGGAUAGGCAGGAAUCCAGAGAGAGAGAACUUCACCUAUUGUUCGGCCUUCCUUCAACCCCAGACUCACAAAAAUUAUUACUGGAUUGGAUUAUCGUAUGAUCACAGGGAAAGGAAAUGGAAAUGGGUUGAUGAUGGUUUGUCUUCUUCCGGAAUUAAUUCUACGGUAAUGAGUUCACCUUCCAGCAGGGGACAAUGUGCGUUUUUAUCUUCAACAAGAAUGGCAACUGCUGAUUGUAUUAAAACUUACCCUUGUAUCUGUGAAAAGAGAAUUGACUUUGGCUCUAUUUUCUCUGCUUCAACGUGCACUAAGAAGAAAAGCUGAAAAUGAAAUGUUGUCUUUUUUUGUUUGUUUGCUUCCGAUAAUAAUUUGUGGUUACUUUCAAAUAAAUGUUUUUGCCUGCAGAACUUAGUCUGCGGUUGAAAUAGAUGAAGAUGAGCUGAAAGAGAAAGAAAAUGUGCUUUUGCGUGCAUUUUACAAGGGUAUAUGUGAAACUUAGUAAAUGUAGAAUGUAAAUGUCUUAACACAAUAACUAAGAAAAUGCCAGGAAGGCUAUGUUAACCAGUGUGAUAAAAUAUGUCAAAUGGUAUAUAAAACCAGUGUAUGGUGCCC